AUGGGAAGAUCAACUACAGCAUUUUCGUUUGCGCUGCUUGCUUCUUUAGCUUCAGCACUAGUCAUUGUGGUUCAAGCCCAACCAGGUUUUAUCAGCAUUGAUUGUGGGGCACCCAAUGAGUACACCGAUGAGAACACUAAUAUAACAUAUAAAAUGGAUGAUGGGUUCAUAGCCUCUGGGAAAAACAUGCCGAUAUCCGGGUUGACAAGUGUACUACAGAGUGCAAACAAUGUAAGGUAUUUUCCAGAUGGAACGAAGAAUUGUUACACUUUGAGACCAGACCAAGGCAAGAACAGAAAAUACUUGAUUAGGGCAGCAUUUUUUUACGGGAACUAUGAUGGGAAGAAUCAGGCUCCUUUAUUUGACCUAUACAUCGACGUUAAUUAUUGGGCCACGGUGCGUGCCUCUGCUAUUGCCGAAGAGAUCAUUUAUGUGCCCAAGGCAGAUGACAUACGAGUGUGUCUUAUGAAAACUGGCAACGGAGUGCCCUUUAUUUCGGCAUUGGAACUAAGAGCUUUGGACGAUGACGUCUAUCCAUUGGAAUCUGGGUUCCUGCGAUACCGUGUGCGGAUCAACCUGGGACAAACCUCGGUGGCAAAUUGGUUCAGGUACCCUUACGAUGUUUAUGAUCGGCUGUGGAAACCUUCACACUUCCCUAAGUGGUCGAUACUGAACACCACAGUUGCGAUUGAUUUAUCUAAUUAUAGUAAUGCUUAUAAGGUUCCUGGGGGCGUUCUUCAGACCGCUCAAGGGACAAUGAGUUUGAGUUCCCCUUUGUAUUUACAGUGGACAGUAGAUUUACCGCCGACCAAUGAUGCCAUAUCAGUGCCAUGGGCACCACCAAAGAUAUGGAUUGUGUACUUACAUUUCAUGGAGAUUGAGAGACUGAGUGUCCUGCAAAGGGAGUUCACAAUUUCCUUGAAUGAUAAUCAAUUCACGGAGACGGUGAGCCUUGAAUACUUAAAGCCAGUGGUUGUAGUUUCUCGUCCAGUUAAUGGGCCACUCAUUACCCUCUUGAUUAAUUCGACGAAUAAGUCUGGAAUUUCACCGAUCCUCAAUGCCAUGGAGCUCUAUAACGUUGUUGAUCUUCCAAAUGUACCCACAGCACAAGAUGAUGUGAAAGCUAUCAAUGACAUCAAAGUAAGGUAUCAUAUUAAGAGAGGAAGCUGGCAAGGUGAUCCGUGCGUACCAAGCAAUUACACAUGGGAUGGUCUAAACUGUAGCUAUGGAAAUCCUCCGAGGAUUAUAUCCCUGUUGUACUUUAGGAGACAUAGGCUGCAGAAAUACUGCCCUAAUGCGCGGAAACAUUUUGUUUUGGCUAUUCCCAGAGAUUUGUCGAACAAUCAGCUUACAGGAAUGAUACCAGAAACUCUAGCUGAAUUACCACAUCUCAGCUUUCUAAAUUUAAGUGGAAACAACCUGAUUGGAUCAGUUCCUGAAGCUCUCAAGAAAAGGGUUGUGGACAAUACUUUAAACAUGAGUUUGAUAGGAAACGUGCAUCUUUGCCUGGCUGAUCCUUGCCCACAUAAGAAGAAACAAAAGACCAUACUUGUUACAGUUGUUACCCCAGUUUUAGGCUUUUUGGGGGCUCUAUUUGGUGCUUUGGCAAUUAUUUGGUUAAUCAAAUGGAAACGGACUGGUUCUAAAACUGGCAAGGCAUUUGAACAAAUACCAGAAUCUAGUGAGAGGACACCGAGACUAAAGAAUCGACCUUUUGAGUAUGGAGAGAUCUCAAAAAUCACUGGUAACUUUGGACAAGUGAUUGGUAAAGGUGGAUUUGGAAAGGUAUAUCUUGGCACACUAGAUAAUGGCACCGUAGUUGCUGUGAAGAUGCUCUCUAAAUCAUCUGAGCAAGGGUACAAGGAAUUUCGGGCUGAGGCACAGCUAUUAGCGAUUCUACACCACAAAAAUUUGGUUUCCCUAUUUGGAUAUUGUGAUGAUUCCAAGCACAAGGCAUUAGUAUAUGAAUACAUGACUAAUGGAAAUUUAAGGCAACAUUUAUCAGAGGACCAUUUGAAGGUCUUGACGUGGAGCAAGAGACUACAAAUAGCCAUGGAUGCAGCACAAGGUUUGGAUUAUUUGCAUAAUGGUUGUAAGCCACCCAUCAUCCAUAGAGACUUGAAGACUUCAAACAUCUUGUUAACUGAAGACUUCCAAGCCAAAUUAGCUAACUUUGGCCUAUCAAGAGCUUUUGCAUCUGAAAAUGACUCUCAUGUGUCAACUUGCCCGGGCGGCACCUUUGGCUACCUCGGCCCCGAGUUUCAAUCUUUUGGAAACUGUGACAAGAAGAGUGAUGUUUACAGUUUCGGAAUUGUACUCUUUGAGUUAAUCACGGGCCAACCUGCAGUAAUGAGAAGUCGGGAUGGUAGGGACUUCAUUCACAUACUUGAAUGGCUAAUUCCCAUCAUUGAAAGUGGUGAUAUCCAGAGGAUUGUGGAUCCUAGGUUACAUAGAGAAUUGAACAUUAACUCGGCUUGGAAAGUGGUGGAGAUUGCUAUGUCUUGUACACAACCAAGGGCGAUUCAAAGGCCAGACAUAAAUCAUAUAUUGGCAGAGUUGAAGGAGUCUUUUGUGAGCAAAUCAAACUGUUCUUUUGAAGUGGCCCCUUCGGAGAUCCAUUGUGACAGUGUCCCUAUGGCAAGGUAG